CCAGUUGCCUUCUUCGUCUUCCUUCUCUUCUCUUUCCACCUAAAUCUCUUCUCUCUCUUCUCCCUCUCCUAUUUUAUUUUAUUUUAUUGCGAUUAUUUUCAUUCUUAUAUAUAUAUAUGUAUGUAUCUAUAGGAUGAUUCAUUUCUAUUCAUUAUCCGUUUCUGGAUUGGGGAGCGGUGUUUCAACAACAAAUCCGAGCUCAUUAAUCUGCUGAUUUAGGUUUCGUUUAGGGACACAAAUGGUGCAAUUGUUUUACAGAUUUACAAAAUUCAGAAAUUUCGAAUUCGAUUGACACGUAGCUGCCGUUCAAUCAGGAUUCGAAUUUGCCUUCUUCGUUUCGUUUCCUCUGUAUUUUUUUUGUGAAUUGUUUUUUUUUGUGUCGCAGGAAAUUUUGUAGGAAUUUUUUUUUCCUGUUUCUAUAUUUUUUUUUCGUUGUUUUUCUUUUUUUGGAUCAAAUUUGAUUUGUUUCGUGUAAAGACGAUGGAGGUUUGAGAGGAAAAGAAGAUUCGAAUUUGGUAGAAGAGUAUUGGCGUUGGUGGUCGGUGGUUGGUGCUGGAAUGAACUGCAAGGUUUAUAGGUCGUCGUCCGAUGAGUUGUGGGCGAGGCAGUCGAAUGGAGGAGGUGGAGUGAGCCAUGAGAGCGAGCAUGAUUUGGCGCUCAUGGUUAAUGAUUUCCUCGAGAAUGGGAAUAGUUGUGGCGCUGAUUCUCGGUACAGCAGCGACAGCGACUCCAGCCUCUCUGAUCUCCUUCAGCUCGCUGACAAAAUCUCCUAUUUCAAGUUGGUGAUGGAUCAAUAUGAAAACGACUUGCUGUCGGUGGUGAAUUCCCUCGCGCUUUCAAUUAAUGAAAGAGACCUCCAUGCUGCGAGCUCAGGUCCGUGCAAAGCCAGCUGCAUCCGGUUCUCCCUAGUAAAACUGCUGAGGAUGUCGGGUUAUGAUGCGGGGUUGUGCACAUCCAGGUGGCAAGGGAGUGAUAAGGUUCCAGGAGGUGAUCACGAGUACAUUGAUGUCAUCCGGUAUAAUGAUACAGGAGUUACUGAACGCGUGAUUGUUGAUAUCGACUUCAGGAGCCAAUUUGAGAUCGCGAGAGCUGUCGACUCCUACGAUAGGAUACUCAAUUCUCUUCCAGUUAUCUACGUGGGCUCUUUCACUAAGCUUAAACAGUUUCUCCAAGUAAUGGUCGAAGCCGCCAGAUCUUCUCUGAAACAGAACUCAAUGCCUCUCCCUCCAUGGCGAUCUCUUGCUUAUUUGCAAGCUAAGUGGCAGUCUCCGCAUCAAAGGAAAUUCGAUUCUUCUGAACACAACUCAAGCACCACGGCUCCUGUCGAUCACAAGAAAUGCGCUGGACAUCUUAAGAGACUUCAUUCCUUACUUCUCUCAGAGAUUGAAGUCGAGCGAGCCCUCAAGCCCUACAACCGCGAUAGGAGGGUGAAAGCCGAGAGGCGAAGGUACGCAUCUUUCAACUAGGAGAAGCGUGCAAAUAAACCUCUCAACGGGCAAAAUGAUUUUAUAGAAUUUUGUGGCGGACGACGUUAUACAAAUAAAUUCUUAUAUAGCAAGUUUGCAUCAUCAUCACUCUUAUGUUCUUCCACAAAUUCAUUUGAUUUUUGACAAAGUUUUAAGGUUUUUGUAAUAUGGGGUUCAUCAACCAACUGCGGGCCAAUUGUCAAUACAGAGAGUUGUUGCUUUUUUGUCACUGCGGGAAUUUUAAUACUGUUUCUUUUGUCAUCUAUUUGUAGCAACUAGCAAGCUACAAAACUCAAAUCUUUUAUUCUAUUAAUGAGAUUUGUUGUGCUUAUUUU